CUCUUCCGCAUCCUCAAGGCCAUCCAAGCCUUCCCGCCCAACGACAGAGCUGCCCACCUGGACCGCCGGGGCUGCAGCCGCGUGGAGGGUGGCAAGACGGCCUUGCAUGUGGCCUGUGAACUGGUGCGACCCGAGUGCUUGCUCCUGCUGCUGGGGCACGGCGCGUCGCCCUGCUUGCGGGACAGUGCUGGGAAUACCCCCCUCGACACCUUGCUGCAGCAGAUUUCCCACACGCCGGCAGCCAACAUGCGUGCCAAGCUCCUCUGCCUCGACUGCCUCUUCUUCUUCGUGCCUCAGGACCUCCAGUUCGCAAUGAAACAGCAACUGUUGGACAACCGGCAGCAGUGGCAGGACCUCCUGGGGGAGAACAUGUUCCAGUGCCUGGUGGGCUUAGCUCCCCCGUCGCUCUUUGUCGGAGCCAUGCGUGUCUUGAUCAGGACCAUUUCACCUGAGCAUUUCCCAGAGGCUCUGGACAAUCUGCCUCUGCCUCAUUUUCUAAAGCCUUUGGACUUGAAACUGGAGAGCUAGAGGGGGGUGGUAUGAAAGCCUCCUGCUCACCUGACAGAAAUAGACUGUUGUGCUAAAAAUGUAUCAGUAUACAAAGCUGCUAAUGUGGUGGCCAAGUAUCUGUUUUAAUUAGAACUGUAUUUUUUAAAAGAAUUGUAUCUGGCACUUUACAAUAUAUUUUAUUUAAAGAUCCUUGUGGUGAGGUGAGGUCUGCACUGCAUUUUUUAAAAACACUAUAUGGCAUGUACAAAUGAGGGUAUGUGGGAAAAUAUAUUUGUAAACACAUCUCAAUAAACCAGUGGCAGAUGUGAUC